AUGACGGACCAGGCUCACGGGUCUUCACUCCUUCAGACUCGUGAAGCUGCGCAUCUGCGCCGUCAUAACCACAACCACAACCGUAUACACAGGAGGGAGACUGGAGACGACCAUCAUCGUCAUCUGCACCAACAUCGCCGGCACCUCCAGCAACACAACCAGCACGUUCGUUCACAUGCGGAUUCACCCAUCACCCCGCCACCUUCCCAACAGCCGCAACGUCGCCAAAUCCCCGACGCUGUGGAGUCGAUCAUUACCGAAGUUGUGCGGACCGUCUCGGUCAUCCAGUAUGUCGACGGAGGUGGUUUGCCCGUUGCACUCUCGACUGCCUUUUCGCCAGCGCUCACCCCGAUUGUCGACACCUUAACCGAUAUCACCGUGGACAACCCCCUGACCGACUUGCCGCUGCCGACGCUGUCUACACCACCCGUCCCGAAGCUAAGUUCCAGCAGUUCGGCGAGCGGAAAUGGCAGCGCCGGCAGUGUCGGCGCCUCUCCCCCGUUGCAGACGGGAUCCUUGUCAUCGUCCUCGAGAUCGCUUCUGUCGGUGACGUCCACUCCUUCUAGUGCACCGCCGCUGCCUACUACUCGACCAGGCAUUUUCAACUCGACGUCAUCCACUCCACUGUUCAACAACACCACCAUCAGGUCUCACUUCCUCAACAGCUCUAGUAUUUCGGCGACUUCUCUUUCAACCUCGACCUUAUCCGAAACCACCAUCACAUCUUCGACGUCAACAUCCUUGAGCUCAACAUCUUUCACGACCUCACAGACGGCUGAUGCAGCAGGCGGCUUCGUCCCUAACAGCGUCGCCCCAUCUGCCACGUCGGCUCCGACUCAUGCAGCCGCCGGAUCAGCCUCCACGCCCCCUCCAACGGAAACAUUGGUGGGCGGCGUCGUAGGCGGCAUCUGCGGCAUGGCUCUGCUUCUUUUUGCCGUUGUCUUCAUCCUCAGGUGGCGCAAACGGCAAAUUAGCGACCUCAAGAUGCUCCCCGACGGAACAGGCAACCCGCGCGACAGUAGCAGAGGUUUCUCGAGCCGCAUGUCAGAGCGAGGCAUCCCAUUCGCCGUCCCGGCAGCCCUGGCAGCCCUUUCGGGAAAGAAGGCCAUAACUCCUGCCGAGGGCGAGGAGAGAGGCUUUGUGCGCGUCUCGGGCCGCAAACUACCCUCGGUGCUGCACCACGGCGGCGAUGGAUACACUAAUCCGUUCUCGGAUCCGCGUGACAGCACCAUUUCGGCCGGCGACCAGUCCAUCAUGUACCGCGACUCGCAGAUGUUCUUCUCCCCGCCGCUCGGUAGUGGGCCCGAUGCCGGUUUCUCGCCUGGAGGCAGCAGACUUAAGUUGGGUUCGCCAAUGCGACCGGAGAGCGGCAUCCCCGUCAUACAGCCCGGACCGGGGCGCACGCCUGUCCAAGAAGGUGUUCCGGCGUUCACGCCACCCCCUUCCACCACUACGGCAUUGAGGCCUCCUCCAUCACCGCUUCCGAAUCAACGAGACCCGCUCGGGCGGAGCCAUCCGUCUCAAGAUGGGUCUCGCGCUUCAAGGCUAUCACAGUCUCGAUUUACUGAGAACAUGGCCUGA